GUCCCCAACACCAAGUUGAACAACAAGGCGCUCAGUCGAGCCGACUGGAUCAAAGUCAACGUCACCGCUCUGGUGCGAGAGUGGCUCCUCCGGCCGACGGAAAACCUCGGUCUGGUCAUUCACACGCACGAAUCGGUGCACGGCACCGCUCUGCCCAUUGUCCACUUUGAGGACGAGGCUUCUGCUUCUGGCGGAGCUGCAUCACAGGUACAAUACAAAAAGUCCUAUUCACAAACACCAGCACAAGNGCACGAAUCGGUGCACGGCACCGCUCUGCCCAUUGUCCACUUUGAGGACGAGGCUUCUGCUUCUGGCGGAGCUGCAUCACAGAUGAAGCCCUUCAUUGAGGUGCACGUCUCCCCCGCCCAUCACCACCACAAUCACCACCACCACCGCUCUCGGCGUUCAAAUGCGCCCGAGUUCUGCGACGACAAGAGCACCGAGGUACGCUGCUGUCGCUACCCGCUGACCAUCGACUUUGAGUCCUUUGGCUGGGAGUGGAUCAUCGCGCCGAAGCGCUACGAGGCCAAUUACUGCAGCGGCGAGUGCGGCCUCAUCUUCAUGAACGGCUACCCGCACACGCACCUGCUGCAGCAGACCAACCACUUCAACCCGACAGGGCCGUGCUGCUCCCCGCGGCGCAUGUCGCCCAUCAGCAUGCUCUACAUGGACUCUGACUUCAACAUCAUCUACGGCAUUCUGCCGAACAUGGUCGUCGACCGCUGUGACUGCUCGUAG